ACAGCCCAUUGUUCUUAAAUGAAGCCGUUGUCUUAGCAAAAUGGUUGUUGAAGUAACUGUCUUGUGCAGGACGAAUGAAGAUCAUCAAAGGUCUGUAGCAGCCUGUUUGGUUCAGGGCGUCUCCGUUAUGGAGCGUGACCGCCAGGCGGAGCGUGAAGAUUCACAAGCUCUGGCUCCUCCUUGGUGGAAGUUCUUUCAUUUUGAGUUGCUUCGUCCACUUGUUGAUGAUGCUGAUCGUUCCAUCUUUGGUGCCAUUUAUGAAUAUAAACCUCCGACCUCUGAUUAUAAUGACUCAAUUGAACAGAGCCCUCGUUAUGUAAUUGCUUUCCGAGGUACCUUGAAGAAAAAAGGCACUUUCGAAAGAGACUGGCAGCUGAAUUGGCACUUAUUCCUAAAUAAACUCCACCAAACAUCUCGCUUUAACAUUGGCAUGCAAGCUGUUCAAGAUAGGGUAAAUGCUGUUGGUGCUUCAAAGGUCUGGUUAGCUGGACAUUCCUUAGGGGCAGCCAUUGCAAUGCUGGCUGGAAAGACUAUGGCCAAAACACGCAUAUUUCUACAAUAUUCAUUCCUCUUCAAUCCACCUUUUGAUCCUUUUGUUUCUUUUGUUUCUUUCCUAAUUGAAAAAAUCAAAAAUAAGAAUUGGAAGGAUGGGAUCCGAAUUGCACGCAGUGUAAUCACAGCAGCACUAGCUCUUGCUUUGAAGGCAAAGAAUCAGAACCAGGGGAAUGUGUCUGAGGAUUCAUUUGCUGCUUUGUCUCCAUGGUUGCCUCGUCUAUUUGUCAAUCCAGCCGACCCCAUAUGCUCUGAAUAUUUUUGUUAUUUUGAGCAUAGGGAAAAGAUGGAGGAGAUUGGAGCUGGAUGUAUUGAGAAAAUAGCAACACAACAUUCAUUUAGACGUCUACUAAAGAUUCUACUAAAGAGUCUACUAAAGAGUCUACUAAAGAGUCUACUAAAGAGUGCUGUGGGGAAGGAUAAAGAAGCUGCAGAGCCUUUCCACUUGAUUCCUUCAGCAAAUCUGACAGUUAAUAAAACUCCUAAGGAUUGCAAGAAUGCCCAUGGCAUUCGCCAGUGGUGGGGACCUGAUCUAGACUUGCACUCCAAGUGUUACAGGUAUCCGUAAAUAUUAGUGAUUUGUUAUGUAGUAGUGUGCCUGUUUGGUGUGGUUGGAGUUUUUAAUAAAAUCGUUCCCAUUUGUUAUGUAGUAGUGUGCCUGUUUGGUGUGGUUGGAGCUUUUAAUAAAAGUUUUAUGGGAAA